AUGGGAAGUCCUGAAAGAGAAUUGUGUCCACCGCCGUCCGAGGAAGAUGAGUUAACUCUUCCAAGAGCUAGUAUUAACAAAAUGAUAAAGGAAUUAGUUCCUUCUGUCCGUGUAGCCUUUGAGUCCCGAGAAUUAAUUCUAAAUUGCUGCACAGAGUUUAUUCAUCUUUUAAGUUCAGAAGCCAACGAAGUUUGCAAUCAAAGCAAUAAGAAAACAAUUAACGCAGAACAUGUACUUACAGCUUUAGACAGAUUAGGAUUUAGUGAUUAUACAUUAGAAGCAGAAGCUGUUUUAAAGGACUGUAAGGCUGUUGCUGCAAAAAGGAGAAGGCAGAGCACUAGACUUGAAAAUCUUGGUAUACCUGAAGAAGAACUAUUAAGGCAGCAGCAAGAAUUAUUUGCUAAGGCACGUGAAGAACAAGCGAAACAAGAACAACAGCAGUGGCUAUUGUUACAGCAACAAGGUCUAGUGGGUGCUGAAGGUGCUCCACAACCAUAUGUGCCUCCACCUCCUGGUCCCAGGAUGGAUGAUGAGGAAGAUGAUGAUUACUCAUAG